AUGGCCACUGAUUCAGGGGAGCCAGCCAGCACAGAAGAUUCUGAGAAACCUGAUGGAGUUUCAUUUGGAAACAGAGUUCCUCAGGUUGCUGCAACUUUGACAGUAGAAGCUAGACUCAAGGAAAAAAUCAGCUUCUUCUCUGCUUCUGGGGAAACUGUAGAAAGGAAGAGAUUUUUCCGAAAGAGUAUUGAGAUAAUGGAAGAUGACAAAGUUGCUGAAUCUUCUCCCAAAGAUGAGAAAAUAAAGACUGCAACAAAUAUUCCAAGAGUAGAUAAACUUCCUACAAAUGUGCUAAGAGGUGGACAAGAAGUUAAAUAUGAACAGUGUUCAAAGGCAAUGUCCGAAACUUCAAAAGAUUGUUUCAAGGAGAAAAAUGAGAAGGAAAUGGAAGAAGAAGCAGAAAUGAAGGCUGUAGCUACUUCUCCUAGUGGCAGGUUCCUGAAAUUUGACAUAGAGCUGGGAAGAGGAGCAUUUAAAACAGUAUAUAAAGGACUAGACACCGAAACAUGGGUUGAAGUUGCUUGGUGUGAGCUGCAGGAUCGGAAGUUAACCAAAGCUGAGCAACAAAGGUUCAAGGAAGAAGCAGAGAUGUUGAAGGGUCUCCAGCAUCCCAAUAUAGUUCGAUUUUAUGAUUCAUGGGAGUCUAUAUUAAAAGGAAAGAAAUGUAUUGUAUUGGUGACUGAACUAAUGACAUCAGGAACCUUAAAAACGUACUUAAAACGAUUUAAAGUCAUGAAACCGAAGGUCUUAAGAAGCUGGUGCAGGCAAAUUUUGAAGGGGUUGCAGUUCUUGCACACUAGGACUCCCCCUAUUAUUCAUCGGGAUCUGAAAUGUGACAAUAUUUUUAUCACGGGACCUACAGGAUCUGUGAAGAUUGGUGAUCUAGGACUGGCCACCUUAAUGCGUACAUCAUUUGCUAAGAGUGUCAUUGGGACUCCUGAGUUUAUGGCACCAGAGAUGUAUGAAGAGCAUUAUGAUGAAUCUGUAGAUGUCUAUGCUUUUGGAAUGUGUAUGCUGGAAAUGGCUACUUCAGAAUACCCUUAUUCUGAGUGUCAGAAUGCAGCUCAGAUAUAUCGUAAAGUAACUAGUGGCAUAAAACCAGCCAGCUUUCAUAAAGUCACUGAUCCUGAAGUGAAAGAAAUUAUUGAAGGAUGUAUUCGUCAAAACAAAUCUGAAAGGUUGUCUAUCAGGGACCUACUAAACCACGCAUUUUUCGCUGAGGAUACAGGACUGAGAGUUGAGUUAGCAGAAGAAGAAGAUUGCUCAAAUUCAUCCUUGGCUUUAAGACUCUGGGUUGAAGACCCCAAAAAAUUAAAAGGCAAACACAAAGACAAUGAAGCUAUUGAAUUCAGCUUCAAUUUAGAAACAGAUGCACCUGAGGAAGUGGCAUAUGAAAUGGUAAAGUCUGGAUUCUUCCAUGAAAGUGAUUCCAAAGCUGUUGCUAAAUCUAUUAGAGACCGGGUGACCCUGAUAAAGAAGACAAGGGAGAAGAAACCUGCUGGCUGUUUGGAAGAACGCCAGGAUUCCCCGUGGAAGUGUAUGGGGAGUACAUUCCCUCAGCACCAGAAUACAACUUUGCCCCAUGCUCCUGCUCAGCAGACUGGGACUGAAUGUGAAGAAACUGAAGUUGAUCAACAUGUUCAACAACAACUUCUACAAAGAAAACCACAGCAGCACUGCUCCUUGGUUACAGGUGACAAUUUUUCUGAGACAGGAGCUGGAUCAGUUAUACAUUCAGAUACUUCCAGUCAGCCCAGUAUAGUCUAUUCCUCAAACCAGACGAUGAGCUCUCAAAUGGUUUCUAACAUCCCACAGGCUGAAAUAAAUGCUCCAGGACAAGUUUAUUCAUCUCAGCAACUAGUAGGACAUUAUCAGCAAAUUUCAGGGUUGCAGAAGCAGCCAAAACUGACUCAGCCUCAUAUUUUGCCUUUGGUUCAAGGUCAGUCCACUGUUUUGCCCGUACAUAUCCUUGGACCUACAGUUAUUUCACAACCCCAAGUAUCCCCAUUAACUCUCCCAGAUGUCUCACAGUUAAAGCAUAUAUCCCAAACAGCUGGAAUUGAACAAGUGGCUCUUCCAAAACCAGAUUUAAUUCGAAGCUUGACUCAAGAUGUGGCAGCUAUGAACGAAAACACCAAUAACCUUGAUAAUCCAAGCGGAAAUGGCAAACAGGAUCGUGUCAAACAGAGAAGAGCUUCCUGUCCCCGACCAGAGAAGGGGACUAAAUUUCAGCUUACUGUUCUUCAGGUGUCAACCUCUGGAGACAACAUGGUGGAGUGUCAACUGGAGACACACAACAACAAGAUGGUUACCUUCAAGUUUGAUGUUGAUGGUGAUGCACCAGAGGAUAUUGCAGACUAUAUGGUUGAAGAUAACUUUGUGCUGGAAAGUGAGAAAGAAAAAUUUGUAGAAGAAUUGGGGACUGUCGUAGGUCAAGCGCAGGAGAUUCUUCAUGUCUACUCUGCUUCAGAAAGAACCACUGGAGUUGACUCUAUUACUGUGGAAUCCAACAGUAGCCAAACAGGAUCAUCUGAACAAGUACAGAUAAAUUCUGCAUCCACUCAAACCAGCAAUGAAUCUGCUCCUCAGUCAUCUCCAGUUGGUCGGUGGCGAUUUUGUAUCAAUCAAACAAUAAGAAAUCGUGAGGCUCAGUCUCCUCCUUCUCUUCAGCAUUCCACGUCUGCUGUUCCUGGUCUACACCCACUUCUUAGUCCAAGAAACACAAGUAACAAAGAAAUAUCACAGGAUGUACUGCUCACUGUAGAAAAUAAUCCAUGUCAGCGUGCACUUUUCACCUCCAAAUCAGAGCACAAGGAUGUAGUUGAUGGUAAAAUUUCUGAAUGUACUAGUGUAGAUACUGAGCAGCCAGCUAUACUUAAUCAAGUGGAAGCUAACAGGCAAAUAAUGGCAGUUACUACAAGUUCCAGUAAUUCUUCUACUUCAGUUUAUGCUGUUCCAGUUGAAUGUGAGGGACUCACCAACCAAGCAGACUUAUUCGUACCUGUGUAUUCAAGUCACCAAGCUGCCAGUCAGGUUGAUGUAGUUAUGGCCCAUCCUGGUGAAUCAACUCAGAUUUCUGGUAACUUUCCUCCUAUUCCGACAUUUCAAUCUGAUCAAAAGCCUCAAUCCAUAUUAGUACAACAGCCAACUAUGGAUGCAGAGUUUUUUCCCCAAGCGGGGGAAACCACAUCAAACACUGAAGCAAGUUCUCUUAAGACAGUUAUUCCCACUCUGACCCCUGGCCUUGAAUCAACUACUUUUCUGCCCACUACUGUCUUGGAAUCAGAUGGAGAAAGACCUCCAAAAAUGGAGUUUGCAGACAACCGAAUUAAAACUCUGGAUGAAAAAUUAAGAAACUUGCUCUAUCAGGAGCACAGCAUCUCUAGCAUCAAUCCUGAGAGUCAGAAGGAUACCCAAAGCAUAGACUCUUCAUUUUCUUCCUCUGCUGAAGAUACACUCUCCUGUCCAGUGCCAGAAGUCAUAGCCAUCAGUCACUGUGGAAUUCAAGACAGCCUUACACAAUCCUGUAGUUUCCAACAGACAGGAGCUAAGAUUCUGUCCAGUGUGGCUAUGAGUCAGCCUGAUAACGUAUCAGUGUUCAAAAGGGACCUGAAUGUGAUAACUUCUGUACCCAGCGAAUUGUGUUUACAUGAGAUGUCCUCAGAUGCUUCACUUCCAGGAGAUCCAGAGGCCUAUCCUGCUGCUGUGUCAACUGGUGGAGCCAUUCAUCUGCAGACAGGAGUGGAAGCAGAAGAUAUAAGGUCUGCAAUUGUUCCUGAUCCCAAUACUCUGACACCGGAGUCCACAGCUGAUACUAGGGUUUUGAGUAGAUAUAAAGUGAUGACUGGAUCAUUUCAGCGGGGUCGGUUCCAGGUGAUUACAGUUCCUCAGCAGAAGUCAGUGAAAGUGACAUCUUUUGGAAUUGAACCAGUGUUCAAUGAAACAACAAACCAUUCUAGUGAAGAAGCUCUAGCCUUUAGUGACACAGCAAAAUCUCAAUUGGUAGAAACGGAUCCUGCCAUGCACAAUCCACAAGCUUCAUUUUCUUCUCAGAAGUUACAAGCUCUUCAUGAAACCUUUAAAGAAGAUAAAGGAAUGCCCAAACAAGGUGACAACUUCUUAUCUUUCAGCACAGCUUGUGAGACUGAUGUAUCUUCAAUGACCCCAGAAAAGGAAUUGGAAGAAACUUCAGCUACAAGAAGUGGCAUGCAGUCUGGAUCCAAACUGUUGCUUAAAGAGAGAGAAAUACUAAGUGCUGGGAAACAGCCUAGCUCUGACAGUGAAUUUUCAGCCAGACUUGCUAGCAGUGGAAAUUCAGUGGCAAAAACUGGCCCAAAAAGUGAUCAGUGCUUACCACUCCAUGAAGAACAAGCCUAUGCUCAAACACAGAGUUCACUCUUCUAUUCACCAUCUUCCCCAAUGAGCAGUGAUGAUGAAUCAGAAAUAGAGGAUGAGGACUUGAAGAUGGAACUUCAGAGAUUACGAGAAAAACAUAUUCAGGAGGUGGUAAAUCUUCAAACUCAGCAGAAUAAGGAGCUUCAGGAGCUCUAUGAACGUCUUCGGUCAAUUAAAGAUAGCAGAACUCAGUCUUCGGAGAUUCCUUUGCUACCUGCAUCACCACGUCGACUAAGAUCUUUCAAAAGUAAACUUCGCAGCCGCCCCCAGUCCAUGACACAUGUGGACAAUGGCAUAGUUGCUACAGAUCCACUGUGUGUAAAGAGUAGUGUAACAUCAUGCCACCAAUCUACAGCCAGUAAAAAAGGGAUGUUCACAGAUGAUUUGCACAAGCUGGUAGAUGACUGGACAAAGGAAGCAGUAGGAAAUUCUCUCAUUAAGCCAAGCUUAAACCAACUUAAACAGAGUCAACACAAAUUAGAGACAGAAAACUGGAACAAGGUAUAUGAAACUACUUCAUCUACUAUGGGCUACACAUCAACAUGGAUUUCUUCUCUGUCCCAAAUUCGUGGAGCUGUCCCAACUUCCUUGCCACAAGGACUCUCACUCCCUUCAUUUCCUGGGCCAUUAUCAUCAUAUGGAAUGUCCCAUGUUUGUCAGUAUAAUGUUGUUGGGGGGCCAGGGUAUCCAGUACAGUGGGUAGGAAUUUCAGGAACAACACAACAGUCUGUAGUAGUUCCUAUUCAAUCUGGGGGACCAUUCCAGUCAGGGAUGAAUUUGCAGGUAUUUCCAACUUCACCAGUCCAGAAUCCGGCCACAAUCCCUCCUGGUCCCAAAUCAAUCACAGUACAUGAUGAAGAAAAGGGAGAAUUUUUUCAAAAUUACUUUCAGGACACCUAA